AUGGAUAUCUUACAGAAUCGUCAUUUUACAAACUACAAGUUUAUAUUCACCUGUUACGGACAGUGGCCAUAUCAGCCGCGUUUCCAAAAAAACUGCCUGAGGUUUCUCAUCACAAUGGGUGUUUUGAGUAUUUUGACGCCUAAAACGAUUCGGUUUAUUGAAUAUUUUGGAAACAUCGACGGGAUGAUUCAAUGUAUUCCCAUGAUUGGUGUUCACUUAUUGGGACUUGUCAAAUAUUACAAUUAUACUUUCAAUUACAAAUCAAUCAGACGCUUGUUUUCGUUGAUCGAACGCGACGGAGAAGCUUUGAAGAACGAAGAGGACAAGCAAAUAAUGGAAAGAUGGCUGGCUCGCUUCGCUUGA